UCCUAUCCUUUCAGACUGCUGAGAAGACAGGAUAGGCUGUGUUGCAUAGGGAGUAAUCUUAAACAGGACAACUGGAAAGCAUUUGAAGUUUAAGCCAGCUGUCAGUUAUGUGAGCAGUUUCCGCAAUGGAUGAAACUGCUGAUUUGAUGAAGAUGGAUGCUGGAGAUUAUGCGUUAGCUAAUCACACCUCUGUAUUCAACGCCCAUCCUCUACAACAAGAUGCUCUCUUGGGGGAUCAUGUUCCGUUGUCUGGCAACAAGUUUCCAUCAGACAAGUUUGGCAGUCUGGAGAGACCUUUCCCUGGUCCAACUGCAAAUGCCUUGUGUAGUCUCAGUUACUGUUCAGAAAUGUCAUCCCCUGAGAGUUAUCAAGCUGCGGGAGCACUAAGAACAUUUGGAACGAGUGCCAAUGGACAGUGGAGGAGUUGCGUUCCUACCCAUGGUUCUGUUUUGCAGAAACCCAGAGCAAGUCGGAGCGCAUAUUUUGAAACUCGCAAACUCUCAAGUGGGACAUCAAAUUCCUUUGCGGGGAAAUCAAACCAUCAUUGCCAUGUCUCUGCCUAUGAAAAAUCCUUUCCCAUCAAGCCUGUUAGCAGUCCGUCGUGGAGCACGCCGUGCCGUCGAAGCAUGCUGAGUCCCAAGAAGUCCCAGAGGAGGUUCAUCAGUACGGCAGAAGAGACUGUUCGAGAGGAAGAGAAAGAACUUUACAGGCAGCUGCUCCAAAUGGUUACAGGAAAAAAGUUCUUCACCUCCAAGCCCUCUUCACUGUUCUCUCUCCAACUGCCACGGUGUGCGAGUUCCAGUAAAAACCUUUUGAAAGAACCUGAAAACAAGAGUAGGAAGCCAGCCGAAGUGUAUGGCCUUGUUCCAGGCAACCCACCGCCUGGGGCUGCCAGGACUCAGGAGCAGCACUCACACAAUUCACUGCCAUGCCUCAUAGGUAGUUAUCCUUCACGGUUUACCUUUGAGCCUAAAGACAGCAGUACGCCGAUUCAGCAGAAUAACACACCCUCUUUGGAUGUGCAACCUGAAGGGUCUGACUCUGUCAUAAUGCUCAACGGCAAAGAUUUCAAACCUCCAGCCCCAAGUACCCCUUUCUUCCAGGCCGAAUUAUGGAUCAAAGAAUUAACCAGCGUGUAUGAUUCCCGAGCUCGUGAGAGAUGGAGACAAAUAGAAGAGCAGAAGGCUUUGGCGCUACAGCUGCAGAGCCAGAGACUGCAGAAGCAGGAGUUUUCAAUACCUGAUUCAGUAAACCUACAUCUGCGAGUACCUCUUGAGAAGGAGAUUCCUGUUACAAUUGUCCCAGAAGAACCAAAGAUAGCUGACGGCGAAGAGGAGUUCCCUGAACUCACUGACGAGAUGGAAAGGGAAAUAAAGAGCGUGCUGCGAAGCGGGAACCAGGACGAAGUCCUGAGCGAAGCCUUCCGAUUAACAAUUACUAGAAAAGACAUUCACACCUUAAGCAACCUCAACUGGCUCAAUGAUGAGAUCAUCAAUUUCUACAUGAAUAUGUUGAUGGAGAGAAGUAAACAGAAAGGGUUUCCAACUGUUCACGCAUUUAACACGUUUUUCUUCACCAAGUUAAAAACUGCCGGUUACCAAGCUGUAAAACGUUGGACUAAAAAAGUGGACAUAUUUUCUGUAGAUAUCUUGUUGGUGCCUAUUCACCUUGGUGUCCAUUGGUGCUUAGCGGUCAUAGACUACAGGAAAAAAAGCGUCACAUACUAUGAUUCAAUGGGUGGAAUGAACAGUGAAGCUUGCAAGAUACUGUUGCAGUACCUAAAGCAGGAAAGCCUGGACAAAAAGCGAAAGGAAUUUGAUACCAAUGGCUGGAUGCUGCUGAGUAAAAGGAGCCAGGAGAUCCCGCAACAGAUGAAUGGCAGCGACUGUGGGAUGUUUGCUUGCAAAUAUGCUGACUACAUUACCAAAGACAAGCCAAUCAACUUCACUCAGCAACACAUGCCUUAUUUCCGGAAGCGGAUGGUCUGGGAGAUCCUCCAUCGCAAGCUGUUGUGAUUUCACGUCAAACGCAGGACCCUUCAGAGACUAAAUAGGCCUUUACCCUUCUCAGCCAUCUCAGAUACAGACUGCGUGGGAUUUCCAUUGGUACUUAACAGCCUCUGUAAAAAAAAAAAAGAAGAAAAAGAGAAACAAGUCUGUGGAUUUUUUUAAAAAAAAAUUCCAUUUCAUGGACCCACGUGCGGUGGAACCUUUUCAGAAGCACACUUGCCUUUUUGGGGGGUCAUUUUGAAACCCUGUUUUCCCCUGAUGCCGACAAACACAUCUUUUGAUCUCCCUGGAGUUCUCUCGUUUUACUUGUGAGCCCUUUUUAAAACAGUUCAUCCAUGCAAAUGAUCUAAGACCUGCCAAGCUAUGGGAAGGGGGUGGCACAAAAGCACUUGGGCGGUUGCACUGUUCCUGCCAUGAUCUUAAGCUAGCUUCACAGCAUUUGGCAAGGACAGCACCGCACGUGACCACUGCUGCAGCACACACCAGCAAUUUUCCUUCUGCAGCAUACAGCAUACAUGUCCCUGUAUACUUUAACACUCACGUGCACACAUCUGGGGACCCGAUCGGCUGAUGUUUCCCAAAUGUGUGUGCAUGCUUUAAUUCCCACACGUCCUGUAUUUGGCUGUGGAUAACUCAAGUUGUUUCCCCACAGCAGUUGUAAGACACAGCUCUGCCCCUUUGUUUCUAAGUCCUCUGAGGGUCAGGUGGGAAGAGAAAUGCUCGGGUAUGGAAAGCUCCGAUAGAAACACCAGCACAUGAGAAGCCCCUUGCUGUAUUUUCCAUCAUGGCCCAUCCUUCCCUUCAGUUCUGCAACAAGUGACACUCGGUGGCAAAGGAACGAUCCCUUCUUGCUGAUGUUCAGUCGAAAGCUCUUUGCAGCAUUCGAAAUCCAUUCGGUCCGAGUGGUUUGUUGAUUAAUGUUUUGUUUGUGCUUUCCCCUGGAAGCCCAGGGCCUGCUGCCCUGUCCCUUGGAACAACAAGAUAUUUGCCUACUAGAGAGGCUUCUUGGUCCGUGCCUCUUCUGCCGCUGCCUCUCGCAGGCGGACGGUAGGAAUGGAAUCCGACGGGGCGGGGGGGAGAAGGCCAGAGCACUUUGGGGGGCUUGCCUGGAGUCAGCCCCAUGAAAGCCAGCACGCACCCUUCCUCUCCCCCCCCUUCUCAUUUUCGUGGCCUGUGAACGAAAUUGUAAAGAG